AUGGCAGAAGAACCUCAAGUGCAAGUCGAAGAAACUGAAGCGCCAGCAGAAAUGAACAUCUACGACGCAAUCAGAGAAGUGCUUAAGAAAGCUUCACAUCGUGAUGGCCUUCUCAGAGGCAUCAACGAAGCUGCCAGAGCCAUAGAUAGAGGAGAUGCAAAAGUUUGCUUUUUAGCUGAGAACUGCGACCUCAAAGAGUACAAAGGACUCAUCCGUGCUCUCUGCACUGAAAAAGACGUCCCACUUGUCAUGGUUUCUGAUAGAAACACUCUUGGAGAAUGGGCUGGAAUGUGCAAAGUCGAUACUACAGGCACAGCCAGACACAUUGUUAAAUGCUCGUCAGUCGUCGUCACUGAUGUUGAUGAAGAAACCCAAGCUUGGAAGGUCCUUUCGAACUACAUUCACUCUCAACAUAGCUAA